AUGUCAAAAGGUCGAAAUAAAGUCAUUGAUGGUACUUAUGUUCAACAUGAUAUUCUUGAUUAUAUGCCACAACUUCAUUCAUUUACUUUCUAUAUUGGUACUUAUGUCGACAUGGUUGACUUAUUUUACAAGCUAUCUAGUGAAGAUAUUCAACAAACAUUAACAAAUAUUGGCCAACAAAAUGUGACUAGUAUCGUUAAUUAUGUUAGCACUACCAAAGCUGCAUGCUCGAUUUUCUCACUUCCUUUUGCUUUUGAUUAUCUCGAAUAUCUUGGUAAUGCUUUUCCAAAUAUUGUAUUCAGUUGUGUUACGUAUUUACUUGUCGAAGAUAAUGAUCCAUUCAAACAUGAAUUCUUCAUUCGAAUUGGUCGAUCGUUUCCAUUACUGAAGUAUUUACCUAUUUUUAAUAUAGAAUCGCCGUUAUUAUAUGAUCUUAUUACAUUUUCAUCUAACAAUAGCCAAUCACAUUCAACUGCUGAAUAUCCUCAUCUUACUUCGCUUGAUGUGAGAUAUGCACAUAAAGAUUAUGUUGAACAAUUUCUAAAUGAAACGAAGGCAUAUGUACCUUGCCUAACCGAAUUUGGAGUUAUCGAUUUUCACUUGAAAACUAACAAAGAAGUUUACAAGAGAUGA